GGGAGGAUGAGUGAGCAAAGUACCAGUGUUGUCAGUGAUAGGAGACGUCAUGGGCAAGAUCAUCUUCUACGAGGACAAGAACUUCCAGGGUAGUUCCUAUGAGGCCAGCAAUGAUUGCCCUGAGCUGACCUCCCACCUGAGCAGGUGCAACUCCUGCAGGGUUGAGAAUGGCUGCUUUAUGGUCUACGAGCACCCCAACUUCAUGGGACACCAGAUGCUGGUCAGAAGAGGAGAGUACCCCGACAACCAGCGGCUGAUGGGCAUGAGCCAGAGUGACUGCAUCAGGUCCAGUCGUAUGAUCCCCAUGCACAAAGGAAACUUCAGGAUGAGGAUCUACGAGAAGGAGAACUUCGGAGGUCAGAUGCAUGAGAUGAUGGACGACUGUGACUCCAUCCAGGGGCGUUACGGUAUGUCAGACUGCCAGUCCUGCAACGUGAUGGACGGCCACUGGCUGAUGUACGAGCAGCCCCACUUCAGAGGCAGAAUGAUCUACCUGAGGCCUGGAGAAUACAGGAGCCUGAGGGAUAUGGGCUUGGGCCCCGUGGACAUGAGAAUCGGCUCCAUCAGACAUAUCAUAGACUCCUGUUAAACCCCCAUCAAACUCCACCUAAUCCUAAUAAAUAUAUGCUUUUAUCUGU